AUGUGGCGACAGAGGCGGAAGAUGGUGCUGGUGUUGCUGGUGCUGCUGCAGUGUUUAUUGGAAAUGCAAGAUGCCCAACGAAGACAGUCCCUCGCAGCAGGCACGCGAGGCGAUGGAGAUGCUUCCUGGAGAGAAACAUGCAUGGGCCGAUGCCCUGCGUUACUUAAGCCGCGCAGCCCACCCAGACGUAGACGGCACGCCCGCCCUUCUCCAAUUGCCGCUGCCCCCACCUCGAGCUGCCGCCUCGCCAGGGCCCGCCUCGGCCCAACCAUCGCCCAUUUUCCUGGUCGCAUGAUCCUUAGACUAUACGCCUGCCUGACCUGCGCGCCCUCACAGUCUCUCCCACCAGCCUGCGUCUCUGCCGUCGCCUCUCCUUUCCACCACAGGCAUUCCGCGAACAAGACCGCACCGACAAGAAUCCUUCAGACUCCCUGGAUUCCAAUCCUCGUCUCUCCCAGCAUUCGCCUUCCCCACAGCGCCGACUCUGUGGGUGGAUACAGCCGUGGCCAGGCCCCCCAGCCAGUCAUGAGUCAAGAGGGCGACGCUCAGCACCAUGCUGAGCCCGCCGACGCCCACACAAACACCGUCACCCCCAAGACGCCGCCGCCAAAGCCCAAUCCCUCGGCAGACCCAAAGCUCGAGUCCCAGGCCCGCACGCCGCCGCCGCUGCACUUCCGCACCCCGACGACCUUGCCCGAGGACCUCUUCCACGUCACGCCCCUCGCUGCUCUUCGUCUGCUCAGCGCUGCUGUCGAGGCUCUCGUCAAUGUCACCGGCGACAUCCCCCCUACGCCGCCGCUGUCAAGCCCCCCCGUGCCACACAUGAGCGGCAUGGCCAGAGAAAAGGCUGCCAUUGUGCGGUCUCAUUCCAACCAGGACCUUUCACGGGUGGCCGAAGAGGCCAAGGCGGACGACAGGACGCGCAGCACGGGCGGCUUCUUCGACCAGGCCACGCAGCCGGCACCGCCCAUCGAUGGAGUCCACUUGCGAGCCUCGCCGACUCCUCCGCCGUCGACAGAUUCCAUCGAGCCGUACAUAGUGAUAGGCGCCAACUCGCAGCCACUCAAUUUGCAGCACAGUGCCAUUACGCGCAAGUUCUACAGCAAGAAGCCCCCGCCCAUCAGCGUCUCCGACUACCUGGCACGGAUACACCACUACUGCCCCAUGUCGACAGCUGUCUACCUGGCCACGUCAUACUACAUCUUCCGGCUGGCGGUGGAGGAACGCGCGAUCGCAGUCACCGGCCGCAACUGCCACCGCCUGCUGCUGGCGGGUCUGCGGGUGGCGAUGAAGGCGCUCGAGGACCUGAGCUACCCGCACGCCAAGUUCUCGCGGGUCGGUGGCGUGAGCGAGGUCGAGCUGGGGCGGCUAGAGAUCAACUUCUGCUUCCUCGCCGGCUUCGAACUCAUGGUGACGGAAGAGGUGCUCCGCAAGCACUGGGAGUCGCUCAAGGACAAUAAGCCGUCGUCGGGUGGCGGCGUCGGCGGGCUGCAGGGGCCAUUGUCUGCAAUCAAGCUGACGCAUCGGCGGAAGAUCACGGCCGAGUCUGUGGCUGGGUGA